UAAUGGAUUUAUAAAGAUUAUUAUAUUUCAGUUUCUGUUUUCUGAAAAAUUAAAUAUUCAUUUAAUUAUUGGAAAUAAAAAAGAUGGAGAAACGACAGGAAAUACUGGCUCCGUUUUCUUUUGAAUAUGCCUUUAUACAUUACUAACGUGAAGAUGAGAUGCUGCUGCAAUUGUCACGAGCGGGUCCUAUUUGUUCCCUUCGCGAGUCGAUAUGCGCGAGGACAUUUGAAUAUUGGUUUUCCUAUAUCUUGAUGCAGUUCACGAAAUGCAACAUUCCUUGCACACGAGUAUCAUCUUUUUCGCAAAAGAAUGAGUGUCCGAAUAGUGGGGAAGAUAGCGAAGAAGAUGUAAUAACUGAUUAUUUGGGAUCAUCGCAUUCUGAUUGCGAUCGUAUACCUAUUAUUAAUGGAGAUCUUAGCAGUUUGAAUCUACAUGGAAAUAUAAUUACUGAAACCGGCUACACCAAAGAUAAUACGGAAAAAACAGCUAUUACAAUGUCUGAAGGAACUGAUGAACAACAACAGCAGCAUUCAUUGCUUACACUUGGCACUAAUAAUCAAAUCCAGACUAAUCCUUUGGUACCAAUUAUCAGUGUCACGCCGCAUUCACCUGGUCUUGCUAAGAAUUACCCUGUUUUAGAGGACAACUUGCAACAUCUGCAUGAAAUCCAUGAUUGUAUUCAACGUAUGAGAGAUUUAACGCUGAGCAAUUGGGGAUAUAAUCAUCGCACAUCCCACAAUGAUGUACCUCAACGAUUAACUUCAUCAUGUCCUUCCCUUUGUCCUUUAAUUUCAUCUGAAAUUGCACCACGCUCGAGUAAUAAUGAUACAGGAUCUGAUCCUGAUCUCCUUGUUAAUUGUUCCACCAAUAGUUCUCCUACACAUUUUCCAUCAGUAGGUCCUCGUUCACAGAAUGCACAAGGUAUAGAUAGGAGACGCAGCUGGACUGAUCUAGAAGACACUCGAUGUGGACGUCGCAGAUAUUCUGGACAAAAUCAUCUACAAGCACAAAAUAUGCGACAACGCAGUAUUAGUUUAAGUAGUCUAGACAGUGAAAUGGAAAUAGAAUUACAUGGAAAGUCUUGUACCAGACCUGUAGGAGUUGGCAAUCGAACAUGCAGAUCACAAGCAAGUACUCAUUCUCUCAAUGAAGCUGAUUUAGUACAGAGUGAAUAUCAGAAGAUAAUUACAAAACGAUUCAAAGGUAGUCAAAGAUUAGCAGACAGUAGUGGUUUGAUGCCUGGUCUCACAGGCUCUCGUUUACCUCUUCAGAAAUCUAUUUCAACACCUUCAAUUGUCACACCCCAAGUUAAUGCUCAUUUAGCAGAGACUGUGACUAGGACAACACCAUCACUUAAAACCCGACGUGAAAGAAAUGAAAAGGGUAGUGGAAGUGAGACUGAAACCGAGGAUCUUCACACACCAAACAGCCAUGAAUUUCAUGAAGAUAGAGAAGGCACUCCAAAUGCUCAGAUAUCCCUUGAUGAACUAUUGACUGAUGCAGUUGUAUAUGAUGAUCAUCAUUCAGAAAAAAGUAGAAGAAAACGAGGAUCUAUUUUUUUCCGUAAAAAAAAGGAUAAAAGUGGUAAGAAAACUAGUCAACAACAUUUAUGGACGACAAUAAUGGCAGGACCUCAGGGAAGUUUACUAUGUGAUGUUUGUAUGAAACAUUCAACAAAUAAACCUAUACUUCUACAUUGUGACCAUUGUGGAGUAUCUGUACAUCAAAGUCAAGGAUGUAAAGAUCAACUGGUGCUAGAAUGUAUUAAAUCAAAAAAUCAUUCUAGUAAAGCUGCCAUUAAAACUACAUCAAGCAUAUCCACAACUUCGAGUAGCUAUAAUGUUAAAAGAGGGUCUACUGCAUCAUUACCAUUACCAUUAUCAUCUGGAAGUGGAAGUCAAACAAUAAAUGAGGAAAAAGAUGGAGAUGGACAACAUCGUGAUAUAUCUAGUGGAUUAGAAGGAUUUGAUCUUGGAGAUGAUGCUUAUCAAUUUACUGUGGGUGAUUUGGAAGGUUUGGAUCCUGAAUUGGGUCUAGCUAAAGAAGAACCUGAUUCCUGGAGUACCGCCAUUGGACAUAAUAUCGCAUUGCGAUUAGUUGAUAAUUGUGAAAGAAAAGUAAAAAGACAAGAACAUAUUUAUGAGUUUGUACUUACGGAAAAACAUCAUUGUUUAGUACUUCUCGCUAUGGAAAGAAUCUUUGCGGAAGGUCUUCGACGUCACUUUCGUUUAGGUCAACCAGAUUUAGAACGCAUGUUCCCAAGAUUACGUGAUCUCAUUGAUAUUCAUUUACGAUUUUUACAAAAAUUACGUAAGCGACAAAAUACAAAUCCUGUUGUUCCUACAAUCGCUGAUAUAUUAGUAGAUCAAUUUUCUGGAGAGAAUGCGCAACGUAUGAAGAGUGCCUAUGGAGAAUUCUGUAGUCGUCAUAGAGAUGCUGUUGAAGCUUACAAAUAUUAUUUACGUCAUGAUCCUCGAUUUGCACGAUUCGUACGUCAAUGUCAGUCACAUCCUUUGUUAAAAAAGAAAGGAAUUCCUGAGUGUAUCCUAUUUGUAACUCAACGUUUAACGAAGUAUCCAUUGUUAGUUGAACCACUCAUAAAAACGGGUAUUGCACAAGAAGAAGGUGAAGAUUUACGUAAAGCUUUGAGUCUUGUUAAAGAAAUUUUAGCCGAUGUGGAUGCAUGUGUUGCUGAUAAAGAAAGAGAAGAUAGAAAAUUAGAAAUUUAUAAUAAAAUUGAUGCAAAGUCUUUUGCAACUUAUCGUGGUACCAAGUUCAAAAAAUCAGAUAUCAUGGCAUUUAAUAGAAUUUUAAAAUUUGAAGGUACUGCAUAUUUAAUGCAAGGUCGUGGAAAAAUGACUGCCAUUGUAGUAGUUGUUCUUUCUGACAUAUUAUUUUUUUUGGCUGAAAGAGAUCAGAAAUAUGCAUUUUUUGUGCCUGACAAUAAGGCUGGUAUAGUAUCACUUCAAAAAUUACUGGUUCGUGAAAAGGCUGGUCAAGAAUCUAGAGGUAUUUAUUUAAUAAGUAGUAAUCCAGCUGAACCUGAAAUGUUUGAAUUAAAAAUUCAAAAACCUAAAGAUAAACAAUUAUGGAUACAAGCAAUUAGAUCAGCAGUUGAAGCCUGUCCACAAGAAUUUGAAAAUGAAAUUGAUACAUUAACUGAAAAUAAUAAUAAUAAUGAAAUAAGAGAUACACGUUCCUCUUCUAUAUCGUUUCUUUCUGUUGAAGAAAGACAACGUUUAAUUAAAAUUAAAGAGUCACAUGUUCUUAAGAUAAUUGGUGAACUACGUAAAAAAGAUGCAGAACAAGCAUUAUUACUUGAAGAAAAAAUCAACUUACAAAUGCAACUUUUACAUGCUGCAAAUAUUUGGAGUGCAAGUGAAAAUAGUGAUAAUGAAAGAAUAGAAAAAGUUGACAAAGAAAUUCUAGAUUAUACUAGAUUAGUUCAUAAUGAAGGAACAGAUUCUACACAGUUACGACAAGAGGUGGUUGCAGCUAUUCAAGAAGCAACAAAACUUGCUAGCUCAUUAUCUUUUACUGCUGGUGGUGCUACUCUUUCGAGAAGUUUGAGUUCUGCAGGAGAACGACAUAGUGAAGCCUAUGUUCCAUCUGCUCUUUGUGUUCCUCGAAGAGCUGAAACAUUUGCGGGAUUUGAUCAUAACAAAGAAAAAUAUCCAUUACGAGAAUCUGCAAUUCAUUCCGUAAUUUCUCUUCCAAAAGUUAGUGAAUUUAUGAAAGAAAAUUUAGAUGAAAAAGAAAGUCAAGAUACAGAAAUAAAUAAAGAUCAACAAUGGGCAGCAAUUCGUUUAUCUCAUCAUGUUUAUAGGUUGGUCUGUAUAAUUAGUAAUCAAAUGACAACAGUUGAUAGUCUACAAGCUCAAUUAGCUGCAUAUAAAGAAGGAAGUAUGGGUAAAUCAAAUAAUAGACCUAAUCCAAAUCGACAGUUAGAAGAAUUACGUAACUUACAAGAUCAGUUAAGUCGAGAAAAAGCAGCAUUUCGUUCUGCAUCUCAACAAGAACAAAAACAAUUAGAAGAAGAACGGACUGAAUUGGCAAGGCAACGAGAACAACUGGCAGCAGAGCAAAGAGAUGUUACACAGCAACGAGAUCAAUUAUACCGACGACUCGAAGCAUUAGAACGACAAGGAGUGACAUUAGUUACAGGUUCUGCACCUACUUCUACAACUAUUCAUUUAUCUCAUUUGACGCAAGGAAAUGAUACUGUACAAACACGAAAAUCACAACCAGAUGCUAAAAGAAUACCAUUAAAUUUAAUUAGUGCUACUAAUCAACAAAAAGUGCAAAGUAAUCUUCCUGUCAAACAACAAUUGCCUUUAAAACUUGCUAGUGGAAGCAACAAUAAUAGAAGUGGAAGUACAAGUAAUAAUAGUCCCGAUCGACAUUCGCGAACGGGAAGUAGUCCGGCAAUUGUUACUGGGUCUACGUAUUCUUCACCAGAAUUAGGAAAUAAUCAUGCUGGAACGAGUCAUUCCUCGAAUCGUUCACUUCGAAUUACACGAUCGCCUCCAGAAUAUCCACAUCAACAACAGCAUCAACGAACAGAACAGCAACAACCUUUGGAGGAAGAAGUAAUUUUUUUCUGACGUUUCUUUCGUUUUGGUCGGAAACAUUCUCGAUCUUCUCGUCCUACAACUGGCGAAGCUACUCCAACUUCCACGUUAACUCCCUCCCGAAAUCAAUCAAAAGAUGCUCAACCUAGAAGUCGUGUAAAGUCAUUUUGACUUUCAACAUUUUCUCGGUAAGAAUUUUGAAUUAUUUUCUUCAUAAUUAUUAUUAAUUUCAAUUUUUCUUCUUCAUAUUGUCUUUAUAUUUUUUUUUUAUUUGUUUCUAAUAUUUUCUUUUUACUUAUUGGUAUUUUUUCUCUUUUAUUUCUUUUUUCUUUUCUUAACAAUUUUAUCUAUAUUGUAUAUCGAAAUACAAUAUAGUACACAAGUGAUGCAUUUAAGGUGUCCAUAAUAAUAGUGCGACGAUUAAUAAAAAAAGAAUAUACAUAUUAUUUUCAAUAUAAAAUUAAAUAAAGAAUAAUGUUACUUUUCAACUGCUACUGAAGGCAAUAAUAUAAUUUUUAUGCAAAUUCUCACAAAAUCUAUUAUAUAAAAAAAGAAUAACUAUAAAAUAUAUGGACAAAUAAAAAAAUAACAAUUAGUACUCAGAAAUAUUUGCGGGAAAAAAAUAUUAAAAUGGCUUAGUGAGAUAGAUCAGCCGAUCUUGUUGAAUCCUUAUUCGUUAUGUUAUUAAGCCGACUGACAAUUUUAGAAACAUGAUUUUAGACGAAUCUUUUAAGCAAAUCUGUUGCAAUUUGCUGAAUACAAGAUAGAAAAAAUACAUUAUUAGAAUUGCAUAUACAUGGAUGUGUAUAUAGAUAUACUUUUUCAUGACAUAUGUAUGGCAUUACUUGUACGUAUGUUGAAAACGAAAAUGUGUGAAAAUAUGAAUGAAAAAAGAAAAAAUAAUAAUUCGUAUGUAACAUUUGUGACACGUACAUGUGUGUGUUUGUAAAUGUGAAUGCAUGUAUGUGUACGAAUGCCUGAGUGACCGCGGUAGCUAUUCUUAUACUGUAACUUUAAAAGUAUUUUAAUACGUGCUAAAACGACGGAUAAGAUCUAUUAUUAUCAAUACAUUGCUGUUACAUGUGCCAAGCCACAGAUUAAAAUCAUUAAUUUUUUGAAUAUCAUUACAUCAUUCCAUUAAUAAAUAUGUAUAAGUCGUUUUUUUUAAUUUAACAAAAUCAAUAGCAAUCCAAACUACAUUUUAUAUUUUACAUCUUUCUUCGAGAUUAUUCACUGCCAUUAUCAUUAAUCUGUAAUUUUUUUCUUUUCUUCUUUUUUAAGUAAUAUAACAAACUAUUUUAUUUAUUGCAUUAUAUAUAUUAAAAUCGGCGAUAAUUUUUGAUUGCUUAAACUAUUUUAUUUAUACGAGACUUUCUUUGUGAAGAAAGUUUUUGAAUAUUUUGAAAGUAAAAUUUAUUCUAGAGAAAGUAUUCUUUAAAAAUUGAUCAUACUGCACGUUUAAGAUAUUAGAUAAGAAAUCUCGAAUGUGGUUCUAGAAUAUAAAUCAUUAUAUUUUUUGUUUUAGUAUAUAUGUAUGUUUAGAUUUUGCACGUAUUUGCCUCAAAAGAUGCUGUAACGUGCAAUAUGAUCGAAUAGAACAGCGUCGUCGAGGCACGAUAAAAAUAAAAUAUAUAACUAAUUAAUUUAUCUUCGUAAGAAAACAUAAUACUAUCAAUUUGUCUCAAUUUUGUCUCAAUCGCAUACACACACAAUCGUGGUGACAAUAGUUCUUAAAAGUAUUUCCGUAAGGUUUAAAGAUUAUGAAAAAAAAAAAAAAUUUAAUUCUUAUAAGUCUAUAAAAAAAAAAAAAAAAAAAAAAAAAAAAAAAAAAAAGAAAAAAAUAC